GAGAGCCGUGCGGAGAAGAUAGUUUCGAGCGGCCAAUCGCCGCACACGCGUCUGAGAUCCGUUUCGCAUUCUCGAGGAGGAAUCGCGAACCGGUUCCACGGGAAACGCGACGCGUUCAAAAAUAACAAAGUCUACAAAAAUCUGGUCCGAAAGGAACGGGAACCAUGCGUCGUCCAUCGGAAAUCGUGCAAUGGACAUCGUCCCUGAUUCUGCUGUUUGCGGUCCACGCGACUGCGACGAAGCACCCGCAUAUUGUCUUUAUUUUAGCGGACGAUUUGGGAUGGAACGACGUCGGCUUUCACGGUUCCGGUCAGAUACCAACGCCGAAUAUCGACGCGCUGGCGUACUCCGGACUGCUUCUUGACAGAUAUUAUGUCACCCCAAUCUGUACACCGUCCAGAAGCGCUCUGAUGACCGGCAAAUAUCCUAUUCACACUGGAAUGCAGCACGGCGUUCUCAAAGGUGCGGAGCCGAGAGGAUUGCCACUCCACGAGAAACUCUUGCCGGAAUAUCUACGCGAACUUGGAUACAGCACGCACAUCGUCGGCAAAUGGCACCUAGGAUUUUACAAAAAGGAGUACACCCCGACUUACAGGGGAUUCGACACCCACACUGGCUUCUGGACGGGUCAUCACGAUUAUUUCGAUCACACGGCCGUCGAAAACCCUUAUUGGGGCUUGGACAUGAGACGGGGCAUGGAGCCGGCGUGGGACCUGCACGGCCAAUAUUCCACGGACAUUUUCACGAAGGAAGCGACGGGAUUGAUCGACAAGCACAACACUAGUCGACCCAUGUUCCUAUAUCUGGCUCACGCAGCCGUGCAUUCCGGUAACCCUUAUAAUCCGCUUCCGGCGCCGGAUGAGGAGGUCGCCAAGUUCAACAAUAUCUUCGAUUACAAUCGAAGACGUUUCGCAGGUAUGCUGAGUAAACUAGAUCAAUCGGUGGGCCAAGUAGUUGAAGCUCUGCAUAAGAAAGAUAUGUUACGAGAUAGCAUAAUUAUCUUUUCGACGGACAACGGUGGACCUGCCGCUGGAUUUAAUUUGAAUGCGGCGUCUAAUUGGCCACUGAGAGGGGUUAAAAACACUCUUUGGGAAGGCGGCGUCAGAGGUGCAGGAUUAAUAUGGUCACCCAAACUGGUGCGACCUGGCCGAGUAAGCAGGCAGAUGUUACAGAUUACCGAUUGGCUGCCGACGCUUAUAACAGCCGCCGGCGGUGAUCCAUCGAACUUAACUAUCGACGGCAUAGAUUUAUGGAAUGCGCUUAGCGAAGAUACUGAAUCACCGCGCGCGAGCGUUCUUCACAACAUCGAUGACAUUUACGGUACAUCCGCUAUCACAGUCGGUGACUGGAAGCUCAUUCAAGGAUCUACUUAUAACGGACAAUGGGACGGAUGGUACGGUCCAUCCGGUAGGGAAUGGGUCUACGACGUGGACAACGUGAUCGGCAGCACGGCGGCGCACGCCGUCGCCAGUGUGGGAUUGGGUAUUACUACAGAAGCCGUUCGGAUGCUGCGCGAAAACGCGAUGAUCAAGUGCCCGCCGCGGAAUGACAGUCUGCCCGUCUGCAAACCGUUAGAGGAAGCAUGCCUAUUCAACGUCUAUCAGGAUCCUUGCGAGGACAAUAAUCUUGUUAGACAGUUCCCAACGAUCGUCAGGAAACUGCAGGACGAGCUGAAGAAGUUCAGCAGCAGCGCGCUUCUACCUGGAAAUCUCCCGUGGGACAGUAAGGGCGAUCCGAGUCUGUGGGAUCAUACUUGGAAUAAUUUCGGAGAUUAUAUUAAUGUUAGAGUGAACGCUGCAACCUGAUCGGUUAUUAUUGUAAUCUCAAGGAUUUUAUUUUCAUUUUUCUGCAGAGUGAUAUAUAAUCCAUAUAAGGAUUACACCAGAGAAUGUGCUGCUCACGUUAGCUCAUAUUUGUUACAUUACGAAGAAACCUAUACUAUAAAGAUAUUUAGUCUUUGUUUUUUAUCUUCAUUUAUAUGCAUCGCCGAUAAAAAAAAAUGUACGUCAUCGAUAAAGUAUAAAAAUAUCUAGCAACGUUAAAUUAGAGAUGGUAUUUUAUUUAUAAUGCGAUUUAUCGACCCUAUAUUUUAUUGCUCAAUUUUUUAAUAUAAUUUUAGAAAAGAAGCG